ACUAGACGUCACCUUGGAUAUGACGUGGAGGCGGCUCUGAUGGCGUCUGUAUACAGUAUGGUGCCUAGCUGAAGUCUUCAUCUCACCGACCAGCUGCAAUGGGUACUGCCAUGAGAAACCCUAACCUCUCGUCGGUGCGUUUAAAUUUACUUUAAGAUGCUGCUGACAGUCGCAGUGUAUCUGAACGAGUUAGUCCGUUAUCUGUACAGUAUCAUUUACCCUGAGGUCGGUGAGGAGGCGACGUCAAAGAGAGCGUCUGCGGAGUCCAAGCGGCAGAGCUACGUGCCUAAACAAACUUCGUCCAAAACUAAAUUUGUGUGUUCGUAACUAUCCGUGUACUACUGGGUAGAAGCAGUUGGUUAGGUGAGUCAUUUUAGCUUUUUGGUAAUUUUAAGGGACUAAUUUUAGAUUGUUAUAUGAGUAAGUUUAAUUAAAAGGUGAGUAUUUUAAGAUUGUAAGUAAUGUUUGGGAGUCAAUUUAGCGUGUUAGGUAAGUACUUUUAGCUUGUUAGGUGGGUAAUGUUGGUUGGUUAGGAGAGUAAUUUAAGAUUAAGAAGACACGAACAAUUUGUGUCAAUAUAACUCUAUAAGUUAAGCUUUAAUAAUAAUUUUACAUAAUAAACUAUCGUUUGUUAUAAACUACUUAUUUAUUAUGUAAAAUUAUUAUUAAAGCUUAACUUACAUUGUUAUACUGACACAAAUUGUUCGUGUCUUAUUAAUCUAUUUUAAAGCUUUAUCGCAGUCCAAUACUUUUUAUAAUAGAGUAAUUUUAGCUUGGUUUCGUGAUAAUUUUGCUGGUUAAUCUUACAGAUUAGAAGAGUAAUGUUAUUUUUCUAUGGUAGAAAAUUUUCAUUCGUUGCGCCUGGCUCGUUUUUUAAAGGUUAUUUUCAGCCCCAUAAUGUGGUAUCAAAACAUAUAGCAUUUGAUACUGGCAUUAGUUGCCGUUCUCAGCCUUCUAUUUUAAUUGUUUGCAUAUGCAAAGUACUCAUACUGCAUAAAAGUGCGACUUUAUUGAACAUUUAUUUUGUGAGGCAUGCCCUAUACAAUUAUUUCCUAAACCCAGUAAAUAAUAGUAAUAUUCGUACAAAUCUACUGAUUGAAGAAGACUGAACGGAGAAGACUUGCACUUUGCCUUAUAUUGGAAUCAAAAUAGUAUUCUCCGAGAUCUACAUUUUUUGUAACGCUUGUAUUUUCAUAGUUUUGUUAAAUAUAUAUAGACCAGAUUAAAACAAGUUUAAGUUUCUAAUUAUUGUUAGAAUAUAUAUUAUUUGUAUUUAUUUUUACAGAUCAGUAAAAAGCAGCCGGUCUACCAUGUUGAUCACAGCCACCAUUGUGACGUACUGGCUCAUGUCUGGUUUACACUACCUAAUGAGCGGUGAAAAUAGAUUAGAGGAAGUCCAUGUCAAAGAGGAAGAACCGAUCCCAGAGCCAGAAGAGGACCCUCAGGAUACCAGCUGCGGGGCCAGCGCCUACGUUAGCAGAUGCAACAAUAUUUGCAACAGCUGCAAGUACCAACAGUUCACCGGCGUCCGCAAGGGGGACAAGCUGGCCCGGGCCGCUUCCAGCUACGGUCGUGUAUCCAGGGGUCACUGAGCUAGUGCUUUUUUAUUAUUAUUAUUUUUAUGUGGAUAGUUUAAGCCUAUAGCCACAUAUGAUCUCUGCUUGCGUUCAGCUGGUUCAAACUAAACAUAACAUAUCAUUUUCGCAGUGAAACUUUAGAAUCCAUUGUCAUCACAGAAUAAAGGCAGAGCUUCAGUAGUUUUUUCCUCACGUGAUCAAGCCGUCGCCACCAAAUUUUAAUUCCUUUAAAUGCGAACAUACAUUUUUUUUUAUCUUAUUAAUAUACGUUGGUCAUUUUCAAAUAAGUAACUCGCACUUUGAAAACGAUUGGUUGUCCUAAGCCGUGGAACGGACCACCAUGAUCACUGACCCCAUAAGGUAGAGGCGGAAGUUCCCACGAACUAAAAGGCUAAAGAACAUGCUAAAAUUUCAGUACCAAACAGUGAUAUCAAAUUUUCUCGCAUGACCGUACUGCUGAAAGGACUUCUCCAACGUACCUAACCCAUUUUCUAGAGACGGACAAGUCUUUCGGUGCACUAGCUUCCUUCUUUCAGCGUCACAUUAGAACUCUCGCGUGAUCUCAUGUGGAUCCUUUGUUGAGGACAUUAAACUUUAACUUUUUAAGUGAACUAUUUUAAAAACAAAAAAAACAACACGACUUCGUCCAAAGAAGAAUCGGGACAAUGUCAAGAACAGGUCACGCGGCACAAGUGUGGCUUCACGUUGACGAUGAUAAGGCUGAGCAGCAGGACGUGGUCUGUCAACGAACAUUGGAGGAGUUCUACAACAGAUGUUCAGGUAAAGCAUGUAUUACUCAGGGAAGUGGGGUGUGGGCGGGCAGUUCGCCCCGGUGGCUCUUUUUUCUCUGUAUGGGAAUGCGGCAUUUUGGGCCAACUGCAGAGUUUUUCAUGGAAGGGGGGCUCCCGAUCGGGACUAACCCUAGCUACGCCACUGAGUAAGGAUAUUGUUUUCUUAAAAGAAGUUCAAUUGGCUCUAUCAGAAACUGGGUCCAGGCUUCUCCAAUUGUCUCUAUCAGAAACUGGGUCCAGGCUUCUCCAAUUGGCUCUAUCAGAAACUGGGUCCAGGCUUCUCCAAUUGGCUCUAUCAGAAACUGGGUCCAGGCUUCUCCAAUUGGCUCUAUCAGAAACUGGGUCCAGGCUUCUCCAAUUGGCUCUAUCAGAAACUGGGUCCAGGCUUCUCCAAUUGGCUCUAUCAGAAACUGGGUCCAGGCUUCUCCAAUUGGCUCUAUCAGAAACUGGGUCCAGGCUUCUCUUUGAACGAUUGAAGCUUUUAAGGCGUGAAAUAAUGGGCUUAAAAAUGCUCUAUAAGGUCCAAACAUCUAUUACGCUACGUUCACCGGGGGGAAAUGGGGAAGGGGGCUGUUGAUCUAGAAUAUUUGCAAAUGUGUCGUAAUGGGAGUGGUCUCAGCAUAAUUGGGACACACAUGUAAGCAAACACUCUGCAGUUGUUACCAAAUAUUUGGAAGGCCAUAAAUAGCCCAUUUAUCUCUAUAAUGUAGCCAAAGGCAACAUAAACAUCUUUGAAAUCUAUGAUUUCAAAUUAUUUUCAAAGGCUUGUAAAAUACAACCAUGGAGUUUCGUAAUUAUCGUCAUUUUACAGCUUUAAGUUUUAAAAAUUAAAGUUGCUAGAGCAGAACCAUCGUGUGCUGCAUCCCAUGGCCUCGGAUGUUUAAAGGGCCAAAAUUUGGGAAGUGGAAAAACUAUAAAACUAUCAACUAUGAAAUCAAAAAGUGGCAAGGGGCCUCAAAAAGUCAAGCGACGACUCUGCGCUGGAGACGCCAAACAACUGGCAGCGGUUGCAAAAAGGGUAGAAAACCAGUGACAUUAUUGAACCACGAAUUACGGUAGCUUUGUUUCUUUGACUUGUACGAAUUACGGUAGCAUUAUUUAAUUGACUUGUUCGAAUUGCGGUAGCAUUAUUUCAUUGACUUGUACGAAUUACGGUAGCAUUAUUUCAUUGACUUGUACGAAUUACGGUAGCAUUAUUUCAUUGACUUAUUCGAAUUGCGGUAGCAUUAUUUCAUUGACUUGUACGAAUUACGGUAGCAUUAUUUCAUUGACUUGUACGAAUUACGGUAGCAUUAUUUCAUUGACUUGUACGAAUUACGGUAGCAUUAUUUCAUUGACUUGUUCGAAUUGCGGUAGCAUUAUUUCAUUGACUUGUACGAAUUGCGGUAGCAUUAUUUCAUUGACUUGUUCGAAUUGCGGUAGCAUUAUUUCAUUGACUUGUUCGAAUUACGGUAGCAUUAUUUCUUUGCCUUGUUCGAAUUCCGGUAGCAUUAUUUCAUUGACUUGUUCGAAUUACGGUAGCAUUAUUUCAUUGACUUGUACGAAUUACGGUAGCAUUAUUUCAUUGACUUGUUCGAAUUACGGUAGCAUUAUUUCAUUGACUUGUUCGAAUUGCGGUAGCAUUAUUUCAUUGACUUGUACGAAUUACGGUAGCAUUAUUUCAUUGACUUGUUCGAAUUGCGGUAGCAUUAUUUCAUUGACUUGUACGAAUUACGGUAGCAUUAUUUCAUUGACUUGUUCGAAUUACGGUAGCAUUAUUUCAUUGACUUGUUCGAAUUGCGGUAGCAUUAUUUCAUUGACUUGUACGAAUUACGGUAGCAUUAUUUCAUUGACUUGUUCGAAUUGCGGUAGCAUUAUUUCAUUGACUUGUACGAAUUACGGUAGCAUUAUUUCAUUGACUUGUUCGAAUUGCGGUAGCAUUAUUUCAUUGACUUGUACGAAUUACGGUAGCAUUAUUUAAUUGACUUGUUCGAAUUACGGUAGCAUUGUUUCAUUGACUUGUUCGAAUUGCGGUAGCAUUAUUUCAUUGACUUGUACAAAUUACAGUAGCAUUGUUUCAUUGACUUGUUCGAAUUACGGUAGCAUUGUUUCAUUGACUUGUUCGAAUUACGGUAGCAUUGUUUCAUUGACUUGUUCGAAUUACGGUAGCAUUGUUUCAUUGACUUUUACGACGUGAGUAAUAAUUUGAAACUAAUGCUGAACGUAUGAGGUGUGCGAAUGAUUGAGGAGCGCAUUUGUGUACGCUUGUGUCCAUAAAAUGUAUGGAUGCAACUGGGGCAAGGGGUAUGAAGAUACUUCUUUUUUGCGUAUCUACUAUUGAACCGACUAAAACCAUAUGCCGACAGAAUCAUUGCUGAAGAACAGGCGGGCUUCAGACAAGAACGGGGACCCUACUGAGCAGAUUCUAUACCUCCGAAUACUAUGUGAGAAAUAUGCUCAACACCAACAAAAUCUAUACCAGUCUUUGUUGGCUUCAAGAAAGCAUUUGACAGGGUUUGGCAUGCUGCUUUAUGGGCCACCAUGAGGUACUACAACAUCAACACAAACCUAACGAGAAUGAUAUGCAACCUCUAUGAUAAGGCCACUGUGCAGUCUUCCUCAACAACAACAUCGGAGAAUGAUUCAAGACCACGAUUGGAGUACGACAAGGCUGCCUGCUCUCCCCCACCCUAUUCAACAUCUUCCUAGAGAGAAUUAAGUCAGAUGCUCUGGAAGCGCAUGAAGGGACAGUCAGCAUUGGUGGCAGAACAUCACCAACCUACGCUUUGCGGACGACAUAGACGGACUGGCUGGGAACGAAGAAGAGAUAGCCAAGCUGGUAAAGCGUCUCGAUAAGACCUCGUCGUCCUACGGCAUGCUAAUCAGUGCCGAAAAGACAAAACUGAUGACAAAUAAUACCGCAGGCAUCACCACUGAAAUUAAGGUCGGGGAGGAAAGAUUAGAGACUGUUGGCCGCUUCAAAUGCCUAGGAGCAAUAGUCUCAGAAGAAGGCUCCAAGCCCGAACUGAUGUCCAGGAUUGCGCAGACUACAACAGCACUAAAGAGGCUCAAGAAAAUAAGGAAUUACAAAAAUAUAGCCCCCAACACCAAAUGCGCUCAUUAGUCCUCUCCAUUUUCCUGUAUGCCUGCCAAUCCUGGGCAUUAUCAGCCGAUCUUGAAAGGAAAAUAAAGGCGAUGGAGAUGAGAUGCUUCAGAAGCAUUUUUGGCAUCUGCUAUAGGGACCACAUCUCCAAUGAUACGGUGAAAGAAAGGGUUCACCAGGCAAUUGGGGAGUACGAUGACCUACUGGUGACUGUGAAAAAACGCAAACUACAAUGGGACGGCCACGUAAGAAGGAAACAAGGGCUCACCAAAGAAAUAUUGCAGGGGACCACAAGAGGAGGGAGAAGAAGAGGAAGACAAAGAAAAAGACGGGAGGAUAACAUCAAAGAGUGGACAGGACUAACACUGGGCAAGACAGAGAGGAAUGGAGGAGAAUGGUUCACAUGUCAUCUGCGGCGCCCCAAUGGUCCAAGGACUAAGGGACAUGAGAAUGAGGAGGACUAUUGUUGAAAUGAAUUAAUAGUUAGAUAAUAAUUCAGCUCUAAUAGGUCUUCUUUACUCUGUAAAUCCAAUCACUAAUUAUAUUUCAUUAUACAUUUGAAAGGACAGAAGGGUGAGAUUUAGUGGUUGAUAAACAUUUAAGACAGAGUAGGCAACUUCCUGUGGGUUCCACAGCUUGGAGUGACCAGGGAACACCAAUUUGUCAAGGGGUUUUCGCACCCAUAUUGAAGUCCUUCCUUUUUCCUGUAACCUCUUAAGUACCACCUUCUUACGGAUCCACACUGGACAGAUAUGAUAAUAACAAAUAAUAGAUUAAUGGCUCUUAAUUUUUAGGUGCAAUUUAAUCUUUAGUCACAUUACUACUGAACGCGUGAGUAAUCGAAGUAGUUUAUAGAAAUACUAUUGUCAUCAGAGUGUGGGGCCCUGAGCUAUCUACCGUUUUGUUGGCCAAGGAGCUUAUACGACAUUGUUGGAGGCGUCAAAUACUAACGAUAUUCAUGUCAAAUACAUAUUUGGGUAUCUCAUGCUUCUUUUAUUUUAACGUAUGAUAUCAAUUCAGUAACUUUAUCUUCAUUAAGUUUUCAUUAUAUUUUGUAUCUAUUUAUAUAAAAAAAAGAAUAAAUGAACUUGCAUCUUAAACAAAUCUUGAAAUUUUACCCCCUCCCCCAAACCCUCUCUCAGAUUGCUUUCAGAAUUCAGAGAAGUUAGCUCAGCAAACAGUGGCGACGACCUUGGAAACUUCAUGCCCAGUCCUCUUGUCCAGUGUGAAAACCUCUGAAAACCACGUGACUGCCAGGCCCAGAUGGCUCCUUCGAAACAGCGGCGUCUACCGCCUCUUCCACGGCUUCCUAACGGGAAAGAAAAACACAGAGCCCAAUAAUGAAAGGAAAUAUCGGGUUGUUCCGCCCUCGGCACCCGACCCCCCAAAAAGGUGAAACUGGUCGACCGUUCCAUAAAGAUAGCUGGUUUGUCGUAAAUCAAAGGUGUCCGAUGAACUGCAGGAUCCAAGCCUGGGUUUACUGACUACGUCAUGUAGCUUGUGGAGUGGGCCCAAAAGCAUGUUGAUAUAUAAGAACACUAUCUCUUCAACCCGUUUUUAGAGACGGCGAUUCAACCCGUUUUCAUUCAACCAGUAUUUUUUCAACCUUAAAUAAGCACAGAUUUUAUUGAUGGUGUAAUAAUUUCUAAUUUCUCUUCAUUGACUUUCAUCGUAAUGCUUUGAUAGGCUUAUCUUUCAUACGGUUCAAAUGAUGCUGCGAUCAGACCAACGAUUAGCUGUGGCGUCAAGAUUGUGUUUCCCUCUGUGUUCAUAAUAAACAGCUAGAAAUGAUAACAUAAAUGUGAUCAUCGAGUUAGUCUGAUAUCUAAUCUAACACGCGUUCAUAAGGUAGUGGGAAUCAAGAUAAACCAUUUCUAUUAGUAGUUAGCAAGUUGUGCUAACUCGAUUUGCUGACCCGCUUAUUUAAACUUGUUGGACGUAUGGGUUCCAAGGGGCGCACGUUUCUGUGCGGGGGAAAUUGUCGCUCCGAUUGCUCAGUGGGACGUAUCCGCCUUUGGUCUGUUCGCUCCACUGGUGCCGUGCGUUGGGUUAGCUGUAGUUAUGUCUCGUUCAAUGUUGAGUCUAAGUGUGGCUGGAAUGUACUGAUAGUCAUCUAAAGAGAUUAGGAUCUGAGUUAUACAAUAAGCCUCUCUCCACAGUACUUUAAAAAAAAAAAUUAGUCUGAUUGACGCAGUUAAAAGGAUCUUCGCUAUAGAGAACGCUAUUACUGAGUGCACUUCAAAAUACACGUUUGAAAUGAAAGAGUCGUCCAAAAAGUGAAUAAUAAUAUUAGUGUACUUUUAAAGAGUUUUCAUGAAUGCAACUGGCUUCAUAUUCAAUUUUUAUGAAAACAAAAAUGAAGAAGAGGAAAUGUGCAAAGCAGUAGUAAGUCGUGCCAAAGCUCCAUUCAAUUUAAUGAAAAUUCUUGUUCAAUAGCAAGUCAGUCCAAUGAAGUUGAAUAAAGUGUUGAUAAAUUCCAUAACACAAGUCAUUUCCGG